AAAUUAAAAAUUAAAUUAAAAAUGAUACUUUUCAAGUCUUCAAAUUUGAUUAAAAACAAUUUGUUAAAAACUGUUUUGGUUUCAAAUGCUUCAAUAACAACACAACAACAAACUCAACAAACACGUCCAAAUGUUGUUUUAAUUGAUGCUGUUCGAACACCUUUUGUUGUAUCCAAUACAGUUUUUAGAGAACUUUUGGCUGUGGAUUUGCAGCGACAUGCUUUGAGAGCUUUGGUUGACCGAACAAAUGUACCAUUCGAAGAUAUUGGACAUAUAAUUUGUGGACAAGUAGUUCAAGAAUGUAGAACUAGCAAUAUAGCACGGGAAGCAGCAAUUACUGCUGGGUUUCCUGAUUCUAUUCCUUGCAACACAGUUACUCUAGCCUGUAUUUCCUCUGCUAUUUCAACUCAAAAUAUUGCCUCAAUGAUAACUAAUGGAUAUUUAAAGGCAGGGAUUGCUGGGGGAGUUGAGUUACUUUCUGACUUUCCUGUUAGAUAUAAUCGAAAGGCUCGUCUUUCAAUGAUUGAUUUUCAAAAAGCUAAAAAACUCGAUGCAAAACUUAAAUAUGGAUUUAAAAUGUUGGCUAAUUGGUUUACCCCAGAAUUACCCGCAGUUUCCGAAUUUACAACUGGCGAAGUUAUGGGCAAUUCUGGUGAUCGUUUGGCGGCAGCUUUUUGUGUUUCGCGAAAGUAUUUUUUAAAUAAAUUUUUAGGGGUCUAUAUCCCAAAGGAAACCACAGGCAAUUUUUUUGUCCUCAGAAUUAGUCCGCAAAUCCGCAAAAUUUUUUAUCCGCAACUUUUUGUCCGCAACAUUUUUAUCCGCAAAUUUUGUCUGCAAAAUUUUUGUCCGCAAAUUUUUUAUGGACAAUAUUUUUGUCCGCAAGUUUUUUCCGCAAAAUUUUUCUCCGCAAAAUUUUUAUCUGCAAUUUUUGUCUGCAAAUUUUUUGUCCACAAUAUUUUUGUCCGCAAAUUUUUAUCCGCAAUUCAAUUAAAAAUUUUUUUAAUUUUAAGAGAGCAAGACGAUUUUGCCAUUCGUAGCCAUACUUUUGCCGAUAAAGCAACAAAAGAAAACAAAUUAACAGAUGUAGUUCCAAUGUUUGUGCCUUACGGACCUAAAAAGGGUCAAACAGUUUUGACUGAUAAUGGAAUUAGAGUUUCUACAAAAGAACAAAUGGCGAAACUUAAAGCUGCUUUUAUUAAACCUCAUGGAACUGCAUCCGCAGCUUUAAUAAGUUCCGAAUCUUAUGCACUUCAAAAAGGAUAUAAACCCAAAGCUUUUAUUCGUGAAACAAUGUUUGUGGCUCAAGACCCAAAAGAUCAACUUUUGCUUAGUCCAGCUUAUGUUAUUCCGAAAUUGUUGGAUAAGGCUGGUCUUAAACUACAAGAUGUCGAUGUUUUUGAAAUUCAUGAAGCAUUUGCUGGCCAAUUGCUUGCAAAUUUGAAAGCUUUGGAUUCUGAUUGGUUUUGUCAGAAUUACAUGAAAAGAAAUGCAAAAUUUGGAACUCUCCCAAUGGAAAAGCUCAAUUUGUGGGGUGGUUCGCUUUCGCUAGGGCACCCAUUUGGCGCCACAGGAGUUAGACUUUUGGCCCAUGCUGCUAAUCGUUUAAAGGAUGAAGGUGGUCGUUAUGCAGUAAUUGCUGCAUGUGCAGCUGGAGGGCACGGUGUUGGAAUGCUUGUUGAGGCAUAUAAAUAA